AUGGCAAAAUUUCAAAUAAACACCAAAUCUAAAGAUUAUUUAAAGGAUAAAGAGGCGUUUUUAAAGGAUCUAAAACAAUUUAAUGAAAGUAGAAACAUACCAUUUAAAAUUCCUGUAGUUAAUGGUGUUGAAAUAGAUUUGUUUCUCUUCUAUUCAUUAGUUCAACAGCGAGGUGGUGUUGGCAAGGUGAAUCAAAAUGAUACAUGGGAGUCCUUUUUGAGAUUGCUCAGACUUCCUCAUCCAUGUGUAAAUGGUUCAACUCUACUUAGAAGGAUAUAUGGAAUGUACUUAGAGAAGUAUGAAAGAGCAAAGGGACCACCAGGUCGUGAUGAUGACAAUGAUUUGGAUGAUGAUCCAAGGAGAGGCCGUGGUGGAGGAAUGCCACGAAUAACAUUUGGAGGUGGGACUUACAUAUCAGCGUCUGGUGAGCCGCUACGUACUGGAACAAGAAUUGCUGGCCCAUCGGAGAGACUUACUCUAUCUCUUCUAUCACCUAUGCCCAAUGAGCAAGAUUUUGCUAUCAAUGUUUGUACUGUAUUGGCUGCCGAUCAUUCAAAUCGGCUGCCAUUAAGUACAACACCUCAUAUACUGGACUUUUUAUUGGCUCAUGCUGGAGUUUAUAAUCAUUCGAGCCUCCGCGACACCAUCGGCCGCUCGUACUACGAGGCCCGCGGCCGCUACCCGCACGAGUUCUGGCAGCUGAGGGCCGGCGGCGGCGGCGCGAAGGAGCUCGCCGACGAGAGCAAGUUCGUGCAGCCGGGGAUCGAGCAGCCCGAGCUGAUGGUGCAGGCGCUGGCGGCGCACAACGCCCUCACCGACUGCCUCAUGCACGAGGGGGGCGAGGUGGAGUUGGAGAAGAUGAUGGACGACGGCUCGGACCUGCUCGAAGACUGGGUGACAGAGCCUUCAGAUGAGAACCAGCUGUUCGCCCCAGAGCUGCCUGGCGGUGCCGGCUGUGUUUACACCCAAAGGGUUCUGCAGAUCGCCUCUAUAGUGCGCUCCCUCUCCUUCCACGAGGAGAAUGUCCAGCAUUUGGCGAGGAAUACGACCCUCAUAAGAUUUCUCCUACUCUGCGCCAACUGCUGGGUUGGCACGUUGCGUCAAAGUGGGUUGGAUACGCUGGGCAACGUGUCGACGGAACUGAUCAUUAAGGACCCCGCCACGUGUCUCAUCUCGCGGCAUAUCCUGUCCACCAUCCAGUCGGCCCUGGUCUCCCCUGACCGGGCCAGGGUGCUGGCCGCCUUGGAGCUCCUCAACAAACUGGCCCAGAACGAGGUCAACGAGGAUGCACUGCUGAAGGCGCUCGAAGCGAAGGUGUACGGCGACGUGUGCGCGCUGCUCACUCUGCGCGACAUAAUGGUGCUCGUGUGCACGCUGGAGUGCGUGUACGCGCUCACUUCGCUCGGCGACCGCGCCUGCGAGGCGGUGGCCCGGGUGCCCGGCCUCGUGCACACGCUCGUCUCGCUCGUCACCGUCGAGGCGCAGAGCUACGGCCCGCGCGCGUGCAUCCUGAUGCGCGUCGUGGAGACUGUGAGCGGGCCAAGCGCCCCUCCAGCCGACCGGGAACACGCCCCUCCCCCUCCAUCGAGCCAGCCAGUGAAGACGGUACCCGAACCGCCGGCCCCGAUCCCGGUACAGCCCACCCCGCAGAUCGCGCAACCCUCCACUCCAGUAUCAUCCAUACAGCAAUCGCAUAUGCAGCAAAGGACUGUUCAGGAGAACGAGCAUUUCGCUCAAGCCUGGCUCCGCUCCAGCUACGAGCCGCUGCCGUCGAGCGACAACAGCGCUUGCGACGCGGCCGAAGUCUACCGCCAGUACUUGGCCUGCUGCACCAAACUGGGCAGGAAGGGCGUGAUAGCGCCCGCACAUUUCCCCCGCCUUGUGAGAACUGUGUUCGGUGGCACGGUCGGACCGAACACCGUGACAAUGGCGACGGGAGAAACUCAACAGGUGUACAUAGGAAUACGCUCCCGAAGUAUACAGAACAGGACCAAUCCACCCGUCGGGCCAUCGUCCCCGAUUCUGAAGGCGCAAUUGACCAACAAGCCUGGAGCCGUAGAAGUGAAACCAGUAGUUGUUCAACCUCAGCAGCAGAGCUCGUCCGCGGCGGCGCCCUCCCCCUCCCCGCACGCGCCCCCUCCGCCCCCCGAAGCGGCGCCCUCCAACACCACCCUCAUCAAGCACUUGCUCGCGCACAAAGUAAGCCCCGCCCCACAGCAGCCGCAAGUGGCCCAGCGGCAGCAAAGCCAACAGAGGGUAGUGGGACCGUCCACUUCGACGGGUGUAGUUGUUCAGACCGGUGUAGCGGGAAUGGAUGUUGAUCCAGAAGCGUUGAUAAAAUGUACGACGAUCACACCGGGCGGUGUUGCCAGUAAUACGCCGACGUUGCAAGGAGAUAAGGUUAUCAUCAAUACAUCCGACGAAGUUUUAGCUCCGAAAGACGAAUCGAUGCAGAUUCAAAUAGACGAACAAACCCAAUUGACUAUAAAGUCCGCGCAAAACAAAAUGCUUGCCGAUUUGCUCGAGAAGAAGUCGAAUCCGCCGGUGCAGGUCGUGCAGAUGAAUCCCCAGAUGGGCGCGCCCACCAUCCAGAUAACUGAGACCGGCCAGAUAGUCCAGGUGAAACCGGACUCAGGUCCGCUAAUGAUCGGCCCAGAUGCCGGAAUGGUGUCCCAGGGUGUGCCCUACUUCCAGAUCAAGAACGAACACGGCCAGCUUAUACAGAUAAAGAACGAGCAGGGUCAGCUAAUACAGCUGAAGGGCGAUCAGAUGCCGGGCCAGAUGGUCGCGUUCAAGAAUGACCAGGGCCAAUUCGUCACGGUGAAGAACGACCAGAGCCAGUUUAUCACGGUGAAGAAUGAGCAGGGCCAGUUUGUCACGAUGAAGAGUGACCAGGGCCAGUUUGUCACGGUGAAGAAUGACCAGGGGCAAUUCGUCACGCUGAAGAAUGACCAGGGCCAAUUUGUCACGGUGAAGAAUGACCAGGGACAAUUCGUCACGGUAAAGAAUGACCAGGGACAAUUCGUCACGGUAAAGAAUGACCAGGGUCAGUUCAUCACGGUGAAGAAUGACCAGGGUCAGUUUAUCACGAUGAAGAAUGACCAGGGUCAGUUCAUCACGGUGAAGAAUGAACAAGGCCAGUUCGUUACGGUGAAGGCCGAUGUCGCGCAGGGCUUAGUGCAGCCGGCAAAGAACGAGAAAGACCAGCUGGUCGAAACCGUGGUCACGGACCACUCGUAUACCGAGCCGCCGAUGAAGAAGACGAAGAUGGAGGAGAAACGCGAGGAAAGUGUUUCCAAGACAGCGGCUAACUUAUACGCCGCACUGGCAGCGUCGGCUUUAGAAGAUGAGGAGGAUUUGCUUCCGCCGAAACAGGAGUCAGUGGACGUGAUACCGUCGUCGGUUUUAGUCGCGGGCGCCGCCGAUGCAAGCUCUGUCAUAAUCCAAGAGCCGUUGCUGCAGGUGCAACAGCCGACGCUGCAAGUUCAGCAGCCGACUCUGCAGGUCCAACAACCGACACUGCAGGUCCAACAGUCCGCUUUGCAGGUGCAGCAGUCCGCUUUGCAGGUCCAACAGUCCGCUUUACAGGUCCAGCAGUCCGCUUUGCAGAUGCAAGGCUCCGCGAUCCAGAUGCAGCAACCGACUUUGCAGGUGCAACAGCCGAUGCUCCAAGUUCAACCCAUGGACGUCCAGAAUAUAAUAGCAUCCCAGGCUGGCCAAAUAAUCCUCCAAGAGAAACCAAUCUCGUCGCAGACAACGCAGUUUAUGCAGCAACCGAUGCAGAUUAUAGCAACGCCAAACACUUCUCAAGGCGGCCUGAGCUACAUAGCCCAAAAUAUUCCGGGCAAUAUGAUGCAGAAGACGAUCAUUAUAGUCCAAGGUCCUGCCGGCGGUGGACCGCUCACUCUCACGGUUAACAACCCAGCGGGCCUGGACGAAGCGACGCUAAACAGUCUUAUUGCCCAGGCAACAGAGGCGAUAACGCAACAGCAAAUAAUACAGAGUGCGCCGCAGAUAACGCCGAGCCAGCAGCCGAUCAUAACGAGCCAGCCGCAGCCGCACAAGGCUCAGAUCGUGAACGCCCCGCAGCAACAGAUCCUCGUCUCGCAGAAACAGCCCCCCGCCCUCGUCAGCACCUCCACCGGCAACCAGCAGAUCAUACAAGGCGGCCAUACAAACCAGCAGAUCAUACAAGGCGGCCAUACAAGCCAGCAGAUCAUACAAGGCAACCAACAGCUGCUGCAGGGCAACCAGCAAAUAAUCGCGGUGUCGAACAACCAGCAGAUCAUAAUAAACGCCCCGAUGAAGCCGGCCGUGCACAGAGUAGUGCAGCCGCAGAGGAGCCAGGUCGCGAGCGUCUCCGCCCAGAGCUCGGUCGCGCAGAGCGAGAGCAAGCCCACCGUUAUACAGAGCAGUCCGAAGCCCCAGCAGCCGGUGAUGCGUCAAGUGAUCAGUCGGCAACCGGUGAUGGUUGGCAACACUAAAAUCGGCGACAAGGAGAUGGUGGUCACUCAGCCGGUUGCGGAGAAGCCUUCUACCCCGAAACCGACUUCAACGCCCCCACCGGCGACGAACCCCGUAGCAGAGGACACCCCAUGGAUAUGCCACUGGCGUGGCUGUGGAAAGACGUUCGGCGGCGCGUCGGAGGUGUUCGCGCACGCGGCUCGCUCCCACUGCCCGACGGGCGCGGGCGGCGAGGCGCCCUGCCUCUGGCUCGACUGCGAUCGCGUGCCGCGCAAGACCUUCGCGCUGCUCAACCACCUCACGGACAAGCAUUGCACGCCGGCGGCGCUGAAGGCGAUCUUCAACUCGCGGCGGCACGUGGCCGUUGAGGGGGAGGCGGGAAAACCGGUGUCGCUCGGCUACCCGCCCAACGCUGCAUUAGCGGCCCUCAACAAGCACGCCGCCGACAUGUUCAACCCGCGCGAGCUCAUGCACAGGGCCGAACUCAGUCGCACGCCGGAGCAGUUGGACGAAAAUGAAGGUCCCGUCACGAAGAGCAUUCGGCUUACCGCCGCCUUGAUACUGAGGAACAUCGUGAUUUAUUCAAACACUGGGCGCCGCCAACUGCGCACUUACGAAGCGCACCUCGCCACGAUAGCUCUCAGCACGGUGGAAGCUUCCAGAACCAUCGCCCAGGUCCUAUACGACAUGAACAACAUU